AUGAUUACGGAUUCCCAGCUCUACUCCCUCGCCAUCUUCCUGGGCGCGGCGGCCAUGCUCAUGAUCGUCCUCUACCACUUUCUCGAGGUCAACGCCCAAGACGACAAGGGUCUCGAGACCAAGUUGACGAGUGAAAAGGCCGGGGUGGGUGCGGUCAAACCUGCCGUCAACCAUCCCGUGGUCACCGCCGUGGGAGGAGCCGGAGACUUACCACCUGAACGUGAGCCAUGGAUACCACCGACCGACCCGAUGAACUGCAAACCCACGGAAACACAUUCAUAA